AUGUACAAGACCGUUACCUCCCUCAGCGCCAUCGCGGCUCUCGCUGCCACCGCCACCGCCCACGGCAUUGUCAACGGCGUCACCAUCGACGGUGUCUUCCAGCAGGGCUUCAGCCUCGACUACUACUACGCCAAGCAGAACGGCGGCCAGGUCCCAGAGCACAUUGGCUGGUACGCCGAGAACCUCGACAACGGCUUCGUCGAGCCCAACUCCUUCGGCGAUGCCGACAUCAUCUGCCACAAGGCCGCCAGCCCCGAGGGCAGCUCCGACAGCAUGGCCAAGGUCGCCGCUGGUGGCACCGUUGAGUUCCACUGGAGCACCUGGCCCGAGAGCCACGUCGGUCCCGUCAUCACCUACGUCGCUCCCUACACUGGCGACGUUACCGCCGUCAAGAAGGAGGAGCUCAAGUGGACCAAGAUCGACGGUGUUGGCUACGAGAACGGCGAGUGGGCUGCCGUCAAGAUGAUUGGCCAGAACAACACCUGGCCCGUCACUGUCCCCGAGAGCCUUGCCGCUGGCAAGUACGUCUUCCGCCACGAGAUCAUCGCCCUCCACGGCGGUGGUGACGUCAACGGCGCCCAGAACUACCCUCAAUGCUUGAACAUCGAGGUUACCGGCUCCGGAACCGAGACCCCAGAGGGCGUCAUCGGCACUGAGCUCUACACUCCCACCGACCCCGGUAUCCUCUUCAGCCCCUACGGCGCCAACAUCGACUACACCGUCCCCGGCCCUCCUCUCUUCGGCUCCGGCGGCUCUGGCUCUGCUCCCAGCAACGGAACCACUCCCACCAAGCCCAGCACUCCUUCCACUGCUCCCAGCGCCAGCAGCAGCCCCUCUGCUCCCGCCGCCAGCCCUUCCGCCCCCGCUGCCUCCGCCAGCCCCAUCGCUACCCCCGAGGCCGAGCCUUCCACUGCUCCUUCCGCCACUCCCUCCGCUGCUCCUUCCACCGGCGGUGAUGCCCUCCCCGAGAGCUUCACCAUCGACACCUUCAUCACCUGGUUGGAGGGCAAGGCCAGCGGCUCUGCCUCCAAGGCUCGCCGCCACGCUCGCUCUUUCUUGUAA